UUUUCAUAAUCAUUCUCUUCAUUAUUUGAUGUGAUAUAACAGCUGUUGCAUCCCCCAAGAACUCACGAGCUGAGAGUCAGAUAUAUAAGCAACCUAUCACCUCCCCUUUCUCUCUCUUCAAUCUCUUUCUCUCUCCUCCCCUGUCUGUUAAACGUAUCACAGAAAAUGGUGGAAAACUGAGAGAGAGAGAGAGAGAAAAGAGUUGACAGAGAGGGAAAGGGAAAAGGAUGCAACCUCCUGUUCUUUUCUUCCUCCUUGUGGCCUUCUGCCUCGCCGUCACAGAGGCCUCUGGACAAGAAGAAGAAGUUCUCUUAGCCGUUAAAGCCCACUUGAUCGACCCACUUCACAAGCUAACCGACUGGGGCUCGCCAAAUCGAACCCAUUGCCGGUGGACUGGGGUGCGGUGUGGUUCGGACGGCUCAGUCGUUGGGCUCGACCUUUCGAAUAUGAGCCUUAGCGGCCGAGUAUCUGAUGAGCUCCAGUGGGUUCCAAACCUCUCUUUCUUCAAUAUUUGCUGCAAUGCCUUUACUACUCCUCUCCCUCCUUCUCUUUCGAAGCUCACCUCCCUCCAAGACCUCGACCUCAGCCAGAAUUUGUUUUCCGGCAGGUUUCCGUCGGGCCUUGACGCAGCUGUUGGCUUACUGAGCAUCAAUGCAUCAGGAAAUAAUUUCACUGGCCGCUUGCCUGAGGAGCUCGGAAACCUCACGAAGCUCGAGAACCUCGACCUCAGAGGAAGUUUUUUCGAAGGAGAAAUUCCAAAAUCCUUCGGAAACCUGAAGAAAUUGAGGUUUCUAGGCUUGUCCGGAAACAAUCUAACUGGUCCGAUCCCUGUUGAGCUUGGGCAGCUAUCGAAUUUGGAGACGAUGAUCAUCGGAUACAAUGCAUUUGAGAGCUCAAUUCCUCAAGAAUUCGGCAAUUUAGUGAAUCUUCAGUAUCUGGAUUUAUCAUUUGGCAGCCUUAUUGGGCUGAUUCCUAUGCAGUUGGGGCAGCUCAAGAAGCUGAACACCAUGUUUCUGUAUCAGAACCACCUUGAGGGCCCGAUACCAGUUGAAUUCGGGAACCUGACGGCGCUUGUUUACCUUGAUUUAUCAGCGAAUUCACUCAAUGGAACCUUACCAGAAGAGUUAUCUCAGCUCGAAAAGCUUCAAUUGUUGAAUCUCAUGUGUAAUCAACUCAGCGGUUCAAUGCCAGAAAAGAUUGGAAAGCUUGCUGCAAUCCAAGUACUGGAGCUCUGGAACAACUCCUUUACCGGGCCUUUGCCAUCAGAUCUUGGCCAACAUUCGCCAUUGCAAUGGCUGGAUGUGUCAUCGAAUUUGUUUUCUGGCGAGAUCCCGACAGGUCUCUGCAAUGGAGGUAACCUCACUAAGCUCAUCUUGUUCAACAAUGGUUUCUCGGGGCUCAUACCCCAGUCCAUCGCAAAAUGUACCUCUCUUAUUCGUAUGCGUGCCCACAAUAACAAUCUCUCCGGGCCAAUUCCGUCGGGUUUGGGCACAUUGCCUAGGCUCCAGCGGCUUGAGCUAGCCGGAAACAACCUCACAGGGGGUAUACCGGCGGACCUCGCCCCCUCAACCUCCCUCUCUUUCAUCGACCUUUCGCGUAACCACCUUCAGUAUUCUCUCCCCUCCAGCAUCCUCGCCAUCCCUAAUCUACAGUCUUUUCUUGCCGCUGCAAACAACCUUACCGGCCAAAUCCCGACACAGUUACAGGAUUGUCCGGCGCUCUCGGUUCUCGACUUAUCGAGCAACAGUCUGUCAGGCACCAUCCCCGCUGGCCUCGGGACCUGCGCAAAACUAGUGAAGCUCAACCUCAUGGGCAACCAGCUCUCCGGUGAGAUCCCUCCGGAGCUCGCAAUGAUGGCUGAUCUUGCAAUCCUCGAUCUCUCGGGCAAUGCACUGUCCGGCGCCAUUCCGCCGGAAUUCGGUAGCUCUGCUGCCCUCGAGGCCUUUAACGUGUCCUACAACCGACUCACCGGCCCAGUCCCAACGGACGGAAUGUUGCGCACGCUCAACCCUAAUGACCUUGCCGGGAACCCCGGCCUGUGCGGCGGUGUCCUAGCACCAUGCGCCGCCUCUCAAUUGGUUGGCACGAUGCAUGGCCGAGGCCGCCUAAGGCAUGUCAUAGUGGGGUGGGCCAUGGGCAUGUCAGCCUUCUGCAUUAUCGUCCUCGCCAGUUUAGGAGCAAGGUGGGCCCACAGGCGGUGCGUGGAGCAAGGUUGCGGCGGCGGCUUAGAGUCCAGGGGUGAGUGGCCAUGGCGGCUCACUGUUUUCCAGAGACUGAACUUCACCAGCGCCGAGAUCCUCGCCUGCAUCAAGGAAUCCAACGUGAUCGGAAUGGGAGCGACCGGAAUUGUGUACAGGGCCGAAGCACAGCACGCGCGGGCCGUCGUGGCUGUGAAGAAGUUGUGGCGCAUGGAGCCAGAAGACGCAGAGGGGGAGACGCUGUUGGGGGAGGUAGAGUUGAUGGGGAAAUUGAGGCACAGGAAUAUAUUGAGGCUCUUGGGGUACAUGCACAACGAUGUGAGCACAAUGCUGGUGUAUGAGUACAUGCCCAACGGGAGUUUGGGGGAGGCGUUGCAUGGAGCGCAGGCGGGGAGUGUGUUGGCGGAGUGGGGGAGCCGGUAUAAUGUGGCGGUGGGCGUGGCGCACGGGCUGUGUUAUCUGCAUCAUGAUUGCAGGCCCCCUGUUAUACACAGGGAUGUCAAGUCCAAUAAUAUACUGUUGGAUGCCAAUGUGGAACCCAGAGUUGCUGACUUCGGGCUGGCCCGGAUGAUGCUCAGGAAGAAUGAGACGGUUUCCAUGGUGGCCGGCUCCUACGGCUACAUUGCCCCUGAGUAUGGCUACACCCUAAAGGUGGACGAAAAGAUUGACAUAUACAGCUUUGGAGUAGUUCUACUGGAGCUUCUCACCGGUCGUCGACCCCUCGACCCUGAAUUUGGCGAGGGCAUCAACAUAGUCGAGUGGGUUCGAGCCAAGCUAAGGAACAACAGAGGGGUCGAAGAGGCCCUCGACCCCAACGUUGGUGGCCUCUGCAAACACGUUCAAGAAGAGAUGUUGUUGGUUCUUCGCAUCGCCCUUCUUUGCACAGCAAAGUGCCCAAAGGACCGACCCUCUAUGCGAGAUGUGCUCACCAUGUUAGGCGAGGCAAAGCCAAGGCGUAAGAGCAGCGUCAACAAAGAGAAGCCCAUCUUUAGCCCACCCCCUGUUUCUAUUCUAUUGUAGAUAAUGGAGAAAUAUCUCUCUUUGAUCUUCGAUUCUGGAGAGGCCUUUUGUCUUUUUAAGUAUUUUGGCUGAGGCGAUUUUUUGAACCUUAAUCCUUUGAAAUCUUAAACAAGGAAGAGGGUCUGUGUCCUGAAGGGCUGAACACUAAGGAGGCCCUUGCUCUCGGGAGAUCUUAGCUUUUACUUUGUUGUAUCAUAGCAGUUGUAUUCAUUUUGUUUACAUGAUCGAAAGAAGAAACGGGUUGUAGGAUAUGGCGGUUUCUAAUUGUAAUCGGUGGAAUGGGGGUUUUAGGCCCCAAAUGUGUGCCAAAAAUUCAGUAAGGAUUGUCAGUCUUUUCUCUUGUAAGUGCAACGAUGUUUCCAUU